AGCAGGUGAAAAGAAAAAGGAGAAAGGAGGCAGGAGGUCAAGAGGAGGAAGGGAGAGAGGUACUAACCAGACCACAAUGAAGCGGGAACAAGGGGAAGGAUAUGGUAAGAGUUCUGAGGUGGCCGAUCAGGAGAAUGAUGAGCAGAAAGGAUCGGAAGUGCGUACGCAACGGGAAACAAAAAGCAAAGACAUCAUCCAAAAUCGAGAGGUUAUCCGUGAGGGACAGAAAGGUAACAGGGCUAAAGGCAGGAACGCAGAAAAAGAAAGGGUAUUUGAAGGAGCAGACUGCAGCAAAACGAACUCUGUCUCGAAGCGCUAUUCUAAAUCGGACAUCCGGCGGCCUCGGAACCGCACCUGUAGCACAAGCUCGGCCAGUAGUGGCACCAGUAUGGAUGGACCCGGUGAGGCAGAGUGGCACCGGGCAACAGCAGGAACGGGUGGGCAGAGAGAUAGAUCUGGGAAUCGAAGGCGGUCGACUAGAGACAUGUCUUCUACGGACUCCCUGGAGGAAAACGAGAUGUGGGAAGAUGAGAGGAGGAUGCUAAGGAGCAGGGGUGGUGAUGGGGACAGGAGUCCCUUAAAGAGAUCUGAGGGGAGCAGCAGGGGUCAGGCAGGGUUUGUAGGGGGUGGUAGAGGAGGGAUCUUGAGAGUGUCUCUGGACAAACAAUCAGGGCCUUCGGACACCAGCGAAGAGCAAUCGAGAAAGAAAAACCAAGGCCCCAAAGGUAGGGGCAGGGGCAUUCUGAUCCUUCCUGCACAUACCGACCUGACUAUGCCCACAGAGCCUGGUCCACGUGUCACUGGUGGUAUGAGAGGUGGGAUGGGCCUUGGAAGGGGAAGGGGCGGUCGUGGGGGAGGAACGAGAAGGCUUUGGGACCCCAAUAACCCUGACCAGAAACCAGCGCUUACACGGAGCAGUCAGCAGUCCCAGCUUUCACCGCUCCAGCAGCCUUUAUACCUUCAGCAGCAGGGAGGAUACAGCCCCUUGCACUUCCUGGACACAGAUGAUGAAACAGCAGGGAGCCCCCCAGUCCGCCAGGGGGAGCACUUUCAAAGCCAGCACGCUGCCGCUAUGGCUUAUUACAAGUUUCAGAAUUCGGACAACCCUUACUGCUACCCUUUGCAAACCAAUGCUCCUAAUACACCUCCUCGCUACGCUUACCCAUAUCACCUUCCCUACCAGAUCCCUGGCUCCAAUGGGAUGUACCCAUCUCCUGGGAUGGCGCCUUUCUACGGAGGUUAUGGUCAGAGCCCCCAGGGUUACCCCUCAGCUGGAGGAACAGCCCUGACCCCUGAGGAGGCAGAGGUGCAGGCCAGGGGAGAGUUGGGAAAGCUCCUGAGACUGGCUGACAGCCAAGAGCUGCAGCUAAGUAACCUGCUCUCCAGAGAUCGAUUGAGCCCAGAGGGUCUGGAGAAGAUGGCCCAGUUAAGGGCGGAGCUUCUUACAUUGUACGAGCGAGUGAUCCUGACAGAUAUAGAGUUCUCAGACUCUCAGAACCUGGACCAGGCACUGUGGAAGAACGUGUUCUACCAGGUCAUUGAGCGGUUCCGACAACUGUUAAAAGAACCCACUUCAGACACAGCCCCUCAGAUCAGGGCCAUGCUGCUGACGAUACUGGAUGAGGGGGCGGUGUUCUUUGAUUCACUGCUGCAGAAAUUGCAGUCUGUGUUCCAGUUUAAAUUGGAGGAUUACAUGGAUGGAAUGGCCAUUCGUGCACGACCUCUACGCAAGACUGUCAAAUACGCUCUGAUCAGUGCCCAGCGCUGUAUGAUCUGUCAGGGAGAUAUCGCUAGGUAUCGAGAGCAGGCAAGCGACUCCGCCAACUACGGCAAGGCACGCAGCUGGUACCUGAAAGCUCAACAGAUCGCCCCCAAAAACGGACGGCCGUACAACCAGCUUGCUCUGCUGGCCGUGUAUACGAAGCGGAAGUUGGAUGCUGUGUAUUACUAUAUGCGUAGCUUGGCUGCUAGCAACCCUAUCCUGACUGCCAAGGAGAGUCUGAUGAGUCUGUUUGAGGAGGCGAAACGCAAGGCUGAACAGAUUGAGCGCAGACGGCAGCAGGAUUUGGAGGGGGGAUCGCGUGUCCACAGGGGAAGAGGAGGCAGGAACCGUGGUGACGAAGGUGCUCGUGUGGAGAUUUGGGUGCGGCCAAGCACUCGGGCAGCCGCGCCGUCCCGCACAGCCGGCAGCGAAUCCGGCAAAGACUCCGAGCUGGAUGGAGAAUUGGGAACGUUAAGUGCCAGUGAUCUCAAUAAAAGGUUCAUUUUGAGUUUUCUACAUGCGCAUGGAAAACUCUUCACCAAAGUGGGAAUGGAGACCUUCCCAGCUGUGGCCACCCGGGUUCUACAGGAGUUCCGGGCCCUUCUCCAGCACAGCCCCUCUCCUCUGGGCAGUGUUCGCAUGCUUCAGAUCAUCACCAUCAACAUGUUCGCUAUUCACAAUGCCCAGAACAGAGAUGGUGGGGGAGACACACGCUCUGUGUUAGAGGAGCAGAGUGCUUCUCUGGGCUUGGCUAUGUUUGGUCUACUGGUGCAGCGCUGCACUGAACUUUUAAAAGAGACCCCAGCGGAGCCCAUCCCUGUGGAGGAGGUGGAAGACGGAGAGGAGGUGGAGGAGGAGCGCAUGAUCCGAGUGUCGGCCUUUCCCUCUGAGCUCCGAGAACUCUUACCCAGUGUCAAAGUGUGGUCGGACUGGAUGUUGGGCCACCCGGACGAGUGGAACCCUCCACCAAGCAGCAUAGAAAGUAGCCCUGACGUGUGGCAGUGUCUGGCCGACCUGUGUAACGUCCUAGCCAACGUGGACCACGGCGAAGCUCCGCUCUACAAGGCCGAUGCAGAGGGAGAGGGAGACGAGGAGCUGCGGCUGCUCCUGCUGGAGGAGGACCGGCUCCUGGCCGGGUUUGUGCCUCUGCUUGCUGCUCCUCAGGAGCCCUGUUACGUCGACCAGCACGCCGACACUGCCAUCGCUGAAGACUGUAAGAGAAUCACAGUGUUGAAGUAUUUCCUGGAGGCUCUGUGUGGACAAGAGGAACCCCUCCUGGCCUUUAAAGGCGGCAAAUACAUCUCCAUGGCUGCUUCCCCCACACACAGCCAGGGAACACAGCCAGGAGCACACACUCAGAAUCUGGAGGAUGAUGUAAUUGUGGAGGAGUCCUCGUUAUCUGGUUCAGAGGAGGAGGAAGAGGAGGAGGAGGCGGUGGAUGCUGAGAUGGAGGGAGAAGGCAGUGAAGACGACAUCAAGGAGCUGCGUGCCCGACGUCACGCUCUCGCUCACAAACUGGCACAGCAGCAGAAACGCAGGGACCACAUACAGGCUGUGCUGCAGACCUGUCGUCAGCUGGAGCUGGAGAUCCGGCCGUUUUACCUGGUCCCCGACACCAACGGCUUCAUAGACCAUCUGGACGGGCUGAAGAAGCUCAUGGCCUGUGGAAGUUACACCCUGGUCGUUCCUCUGAUCGUGAUCACUGAGCUGGAUGGGCUGGCUAAAGGUCUGGAGAACCGUGAGGGCGGAGACUCGGGCGGUGUGGGCGGGGCUCACGCGCGGCUGGUGCAGGAGCGGGCCAAGGCGGCCGUGACUUUUCUGGAGCGGAGCUUUGAAACCCGUGAGCCCUGUCUCAGAGCUCUGACCAGCAGAGGCAACCAGCUGGAGUCCAUCGCAUUCCGCAGCGAGGACACCUCCGGACAGCAGGGUAAUAAUGAUGAUGUGAUCCUGUCCUGCUGUCUGCAUUACUGCAAAGACAAGGCCAGGGACUUCAUGCCAGCGCAGCCAGAUGGCCCCAUCCGUCUGCGCAGAGAGGUGGUUCUCCUCACAGACGACCGCAACCUCAGGGUCAAGGCGCUGACCCGGAACGUCCCAGUGCGAGACAUCCCGGCCUUCCUCAGCUGGGCUAAAGUGGGCUGAAACCGGGGUUUGGAUUUAGACGCUGUAUAAAAAAACAAAAAAAACGCUGAGCUUCCACCCAGACGGAGUGGAGAAGGGGAGCAGUGACAG